ACAGCAGUGAUUUUAAAAGUUACACGGCAAGUUUCUCAUCUUCUGAUUGUUUGGUUACACAAAAGCUUUACCUCAGGAAAUAACAGACCCUCUCAGUGGGGGAAAAGGCAGAGCAAUGGAAGAGCGCACACAGCUAUCACUUGUGAUUUAUGCUGGUGUAGAAAACAUAACUAUCCAAGCAAGCUGACAGAAAACAAAUGAUAUGAGCAUGCGUGAGUGUGUAGGUGUCAGAGACAAGGGGAAACGGGGUGUGCUCAGCUGUGUGGAAACGAGAAGGAAAACUAACAUUCUCCAUCACGUACCCUCCCAUACCUUUCCCCACUGGUUUGCACUCUUUAAAAGCUGCUGCCAGUAGCGUCUGUCAGCCUCAUUAUCACUUUGUCUUGGCUUGGGGAAAUCACUAUCCACCCUUUCGACACACAGACAAACUGCAGUCGUUGGAUCUAAUCUAAGAUCAGAAGUCCGGAUAGAAAUCAACAAUCAAAAAAGUCAGUUGUAGUAGACUGGACUGUUACCAUCUAUUUGUGGACAACUUCCAGACCUCCAGUGUUGAGAUGCUUCUGUAUCUAAACAUCCUGGUACUGCUUCUCCUGCAGCCAGCUCUGUCAAGCCCAGUGCCGCUGACAACGCCAUCCAGAUGUCCCACCUGUAAAUCAGAUCCCACACAGAGUCUGCCGUCUGUAGACCUAAACGCCACCACUCUGGCGAUUGGAGAACCAUGUGGUGUCUACACAGUGAGCUGCUCCUACGGUCUACGAUGUGCACCUCCAGAGGAUGAGCCAAGGCCCCUCCGUGCCCUGCUCGAAGGCAGGGGGGUCUGCAGUAAUGCCAGCAGCGCUGGCACAACUGAAAGCCCCCACACAGCAGUCCCAACACCCACUGAGGAUCCAGAGGAGGCUCCAUGUCGCAAACUGCUAACCACACUUAUCAAAGGUCUUGACGACAACGUAUUUGGCUCACAUCAUGACAUCUACAUGCCCAACUGUGACAAGCGUGGUUUCUUCAGGAAGAAGCAGUGUUGGUCCUCUCGAGGCAAGCGGCGUGGAAAGUGCUGGUGUGUUGAUCAGAAUGGCAUGCCGGUCACCUCAAACACUAAACAGAGGGGUGGUCUCAGCUGUUAAAAGGCACGAAUCCUGGACUGAAGCAGAGGAGGCUGAAGCUUCAUCACAGAUGUGAGAUAAAGAUGAAGGAACACCAUACGCAGUCUAAAGGAGCUCAGCACAGUCUCACAUUUCAUUCUCCAACAAGCCAGCAGCAGCUCUCCACCAAUGAGAAAAAUGCUUUGAAAUCAGGUGUAAUUUUGUCUCCUUGCGCCCUCUACUGAACAUAUUAUUAAUUAGGCAUCCCUUUCAUAUCUGCUUAUAUUAGACGUACACGUCAAAUUUAUAUGAACGCGUGAAUUUAUCCAGCCAAGUGUCACAUAGAAAGAGACUCCGUGGAGAUAAUUUGUACUAACCUGAACUCUCUCUUGCCCAAUAACUAACCCAAUAACACCAACUACACCACUGAUAUUUCAUGCCAUCAACAAAGUUUCAGGAACAAUAUAAUUUGGAUCAAUGUAUUGUAUUUAUACCUAUAUAUAUUUUCAGUAUUUUUUUUGUUUACUUUGAAGCCACUGUAACUGUAUUACUGUAAUUGCUGUACAUAAUCUCUAGAUGUAAUCCUAUUUAUGUUACUUUGAAUAUGAUAUUCUAUUUAUAUUAAUAUUGAUAGUCAUUUGAAUAAUAAUAAUUGAGAGGUAUUAUUUUAAAAACCUGAAUUUUAAAUUAGAAUUAGAUGCCGACAUUAUUACUAUGAGUUUUUGGCAUUCAUCAAGAAGAUUAUGUCUCUUCAACAACAAGAGGAGGUGUCUUUAAGAAAGGUCAUGACAGGCACUUAUGGACAAUACUGCAAACACUUAAUAAAGAAUGUUUUGUUACCCUUUUUUUAAAAAUAAAAAUGACUUUACUCAAGAAAUCUACGUAGUUCUUUAAACCACCAUCAAGGAUGAAGAAGGUACGACGUUUAGGACUUCUCACCUACAAAUACGGCAUACACUUCAGAUAUAAGACAUCACAGCACAGAAGACCUACAGCAGCUAACAAGACAUAUAAACGCAUAUUUCCUUAUUUUAACAGUUUCUUUACACAAGAUUUAACAGAAAGGAGUUUAAAUGUAUUGUGAGAUCAAACUACCUCGGUGCUUUUUGUAACCACAGUAGAGUGAAUAUUUGAUUUGCUUUGCGUGAAUAGAAACAAC